AAAAGCAAAGUUGCGAUACCCGCACAUCAGAGAGCCGCAGCACAAACCAAGGUAGGAGUAAAGAAUAAAGUGGAGGAGAGAGACGCUCCGAAACAGCCAGCCAUAACUCCACACGAUUACAUGCUCUCUCUGUACUGGGCACUGUCCACUGGAGAGGUGAACACCAGCACCGUGCACCAGGCUGGCAUGGCCAACACCAUCACAAGCUUUGUGGACAAAGGACAAGAUGAGCCUCUGUCCAUUUUGAGACGCCAAAGGUACUACUUUAACAUCAGCUCCCUGGAGAAGGAGGGCCUGCUGGGAGCUGAAUUACGUAUUCUUCGAAAGCCAUUUAUGGACCCACUAAGAGCGUUUGGCACACAGAGUGGUACUCUUCUGAGACUUUACACCUGUGCAACAGGUAAACAGAAGGCAAAACUGCUCCAGUUACGGCCCUUUGAGGAUCACAGAAUGCCAAAAUGGGAGGUGUUCGACAUCUGGAAACUGUUUAAGAGCUUUAAAAAUAAUGCUCAGGUUUGCUUUGAGUUGGAGGCUGUGGAUCGGGGACGGCUGUUGGACCUCAGAUCACUUGGUCUGGAUCGCUCAGGCCGGCGAAACAAAGAAAAAGCCUUUUUCGUGGUGUUUAGCUGCACAAAGAAGCAUGAUCUUUUUUACAAUGAGAUCAAGGCCCGCUCAGGUCAUGACAACAAGACUGUAUAUGAAUACCUGUUCACACAGCGCAGGAUGCGUCGAGCACCACUGUCACGUGGCAAGAAACCAAACAAACAAGUCCCAAAGCCACGGUGCAAUCGCAAGCAACUACAUGUUAACUUUAAAGAGAUGGGCUGGGACGACUGGAUCAUCGCUCCACUAGAUUACGAGGCCUUCCACUGUGAUGGUAUCUGUGAUUUUCCAAUCCGCUCACAUCUGGAGCCCACCAAUCAUGCCAUCAUUCAGACUUUAAUGAACUCUAUGGAUCCAAACUCCACACCGCCUACUUGCUGCGUACCCACCAGACUCAGUCCUAUCAGUAUUCUGUACAUUGACUCAGCCAAUAAUGUGGUGUACAAGCAAUAUGAGGACAUGGUGGUGGAGAGCUGUGGUUGCAGGUAG